AUGGAUUUGUUUUGGUUUCGAAUGUUUGCUGCUUUUUCAAUGUUUAUUGUGAGUUUCGAUUUUUUCGAAUUUCGAAUUUUUAAUUAUUUUAAUUACAGUCUGCUGUUCUUGGUUUAUUUUUCAAUGUUUUAGUUAUUCUAGCCUUGCAGAGCCCCAAAAAACUAGGUGGAAUUUUCAAAAUUUGUAUAGCAAAAUCGAUUUCUAAUAUUAUUAUAUGUGUGGGAUUUUUAGUUUGGCCAAUUCCAAUUGCUAUACUGUAAGUGUUACUUAACAAAAAACUCUGGAAAAAUAAUAAUAUUUCAGAAAUUAUUAUUUUCUUCCUCAACAAUUCAAUGUAUUUAUGGGUCAAAUAGUUGGUUGGUUUGCUAUAACAUUAGCUCCUUUAACACAAGUUUUAUUGGCUGGAAAUCGGUUGAUCGCAGUGUAUUUUCCACAAACUUUUGGGAAUAAUUAUAAAAUUAGUCCAACAUCAAUAGGUAUUUCAAUUGCAUUUUUUGUUGCUUCAAUUGCUGCAAUUGCGGGGUUUUUUGAUGGUUGUCAUUUUUUAUUUAUGAUUGAAUCACUUGGUUGGACAUCUGAAAAUUCGGCAUGCGCUAUUUUAUUAUCAAAUAUGUUUACAAUUGUUGUUUUUAGUAUGGCUUUUGUUUCGAAUUCGUUGAAUAUUGCAACGUUUUUCAAAUUAUUUUAUGACUCGGUAAAGUUGAAAAAAAUUGUUUUUUUCUGGAAUCAUUUAUGAAUCAAAAUUCACGGCAAAUUUUGAAUCGAAUCUGGUUUUUUUCAAAGUUUGGUCUGAUUCAAAAAUAUUUCAUUAAUUCCAAAAAAACAUUCCCAACUUUUUUCAGAAAAAGGCGAAUAUUUCAAAUAACGAAGUUUCAAAUCGAAGAUCAAAAAAUCGUCGAAUGUUAUUACAGAGCGUUUUACACGAUUUAUUGAUACUCAUUGAUAUGUGUAAUGCGAUUUUUAUUUGUCAAUUAAGCAACUCUAUAUGGGUUCAAUUUCUAACUCUUUCAUUUUCUAUGGUUUUUAUUCGCAUGUUAGAAGGGUAUGUUUUCAUUUUGUUUUGUUCUAUGUAUUUUUAUAUUUUUCAUAAUGAAAAAAAAAACUUAUGAUGUAUUUUAGUUUGGCAAUGUUAUUAAUCAACGUACGAAUCAGAAAUGGUGCCCUAAAAAUAUUAAAAAUUAGAAAAAAACAAAUUGGAACAACACGUCAAUCAAGUCAACAAUCAAUUGGAAAUCAACCAGCUGUUAUGUUCAAAAAAGUUUGA